AUGGAUUCUUUUUUGGAAAAUACUAUUUUUAAGGUUGUAGAUCCACCAAGAAUAAAAUUAAGUAUUCCAUCAUAUAUAAGACUUCUUAAACCUAUGGAAACAUUUUUAUGUGUUAUGAUCAUAUAUUUUAUAAUGACAGCUGGAACAGUAUUUAAUAUUUUAAAUGAUAUUCCAAGUAUUGGAUCAGCUCCAGAUGGAAAAGGUGGAUAUAAACCAGUUGUUAUAAUGCCAAAUCGUUUAAAUGCUCAAUAUGGUUUUGAGGGAAUGUUAGCUAGUUUUAUGUAUAUUAUUGGUGCAGGUGGAUUUAUAUUAUUAGAUAAAUUUCAUGAAGCAAAAAACACCAGAACAAAAAUUAUUUUAGGUUCUGCUGGGGCAAGUAGUAUGGUAAUAUCAUUUCUUGCUUUAAGGUCAUUUAUGUUUAUGAAGAUGCCAUCAUAUAUGCACUAG